AUGGAUCUCAGGGUUCUGGCUCUUAUGCUGUGUGUCACCAUCUACUCCAUCCAAGGUAAUGUGAUGCUCCCUUGAAAAUGUUAUUAAUAUACUGUGUGCACAACUCCAGUCCUCGAUGGGUGUGGUCUUGCUGGUUUUUAAUUGCUCUGGAAUUUAAUUGAUUCAGUAUUGAUGGAUUUUCAUUUGGCAUUUUUUGGGAUUGGUUAUUCUGUAUCUUUGUGUAGCUCUGACAUGGUUAUAACUGCCUCUUUCAGGAGCCAUUCCAAAAUGUUGUGUUGGGACAUCCAGGAGCAUUCCUUUAAGCAUACUAAUGCGAGUGGAACGAUAUGACGUCCAACACAGCCAUGGUGCAUGUGAGAUCAACGCUGUUGUGUGAGUCCUCACUACUUGUCCUGUAUUGUCACAAUUUCGCUAAAGAAAAUAGUGCAUAUAGAUUGCAUGUAGGUAGUGGUGGAAAAAGUACUAAAUUGUCAUACUUGAGUAAAAGUGAAGAUACCUUAAUAGAAUAUGACUCAAGAAAGUCACUCAGUAAAAUACAACUUGAGUAAAAGUCUACAAAUAUUCGGUUUUAAAUAUACUUAAGUAUCAAAAGUAAAUGGAAUUGCUAAAAUGUACUGAAGUAUCAAAAGUAAAAGUAAAAAUAAUUUCAAAUUCCUUAUAUUAAGCAAACCAGACGGCACAAUAUUUUCAUAUAUAUUUUUUAUUGACGGAUAGCCAGGGGUACACUCCAACACUCAGACAUAAUUUACAAACAAAGCAUUGGUGUUUAGUGAGUCCACCAGAUCAGAGGCAGUAGAGAUAACCAGGGAUGUUCUCUUGAUAAGUGUGUGAAUUGGACCAUUUUCCUGUCAAAAUGUAACGAGUACUUUUGGGUGUCAGGGAAAUUGUAUGGCGUAAAAAGUACAUUAUUUUCUUUAGGAAUGUAGUAAAGUAAAAAUUGGCAAAAAUAUAAAAAGUCAAAUACAGAUACCCCCCCAAAAAACGACUUAAGUAGUUCUUUAAAGUAUUUUUACUUAAGUACUUUACACCACUGCAUGUACGGCAGGCUACCGUCUUUGCUAAUACAACAACCCCCAUAGGCAUGCCAACAGAGAUUAGUUAGACAAGCUACUCAAUCUUGAUUAACCUGAAAUGGCUUGGUAGCUAGUUAUUAGGUUGGGAGAUUGAUAACCUAUCUAGCUGACUAGCUAAAGCAACUUCAUAAAAUUGCUAGGUGGCUGGUAUUAUAGAGAAACAACAUGUAUUUAUAUUUUUUAUUUAUUCAUCACGAAUGAAUAAAUAAGCUACAUAGCUUGUUCAAACAUACCUCCUGCAAGUCCUGCCCAUCACCGGCAGCUAAAAUCAAAUCAAACUCUUUCUCUUCCUCCACUGAUGAUACUGUCUGCACUACAGGAGGCUGCUGAAGGGAGGACAUCUCAUAAUAAUAGCUGGAAUGGAGUGAAUGGUAUUAAACACAUGGAAACCAUGUUUUUGAUGUGUUCGAUACCAUUCCAUAUAUUCCUUUCCAGCCAUUACUAGGAGACCGUCCUCCCAAAUUAAGUUGCUACCGGCCGCCUGUGGUCUGCACACACUAGAGUGUCUAGUGUCCUGCCUACCAUAUCUUUGCUCCGUGAUGCACCUAGGAAGGAACCACUUACUAGGAAGAAUGGGUAGGGGGGUUACUCUUUGCCUGGUCCAGUCAGUGGGCCCCCUCCGCAAAAUACCGCUGACAGAUCUUUUUUUAUAAACAAUUAUAAAAUGUGGGCUUAAAAAUGAAGUUUAGUAAUUCAUUUAACAUCUGGAGAAAAAAAAUAAAAAAUAAUUCUGAGCAAAUCUAUGGGAAUGACGCCUCUGGUCUUAUCUUUCAAGAUUCCCUAUCUACUUUUUCUGUUACACAAAAACAUAUGCCAAUAAGACUGUCAUGGGGUGCGUUCCAGAUACACAUUUUCUACACAGAUUAGAGGACCAUUAUCAUAUUAAUGUAGUUGAUUAGAUGCAAAAUACUUCUCCAGGCAUUGUAAAGAUCUGAAAUGCACCCACAAUGUCCCACUCUCUUCUUGUACUGUAGAUUACAUGCCAAUGGGAGGAAGUACUGUGCAAACCCAAGAGUGAAGAAGAUCGUGAGAGCUGCCAUGCAAAUUAGGCAAGCUCAGCUGAUGAGGCAAAAACUUAACUCAAUCAUGAGAAGAUGA